CAGACACUGGUGCAGAGUCGAUCCAUAUGUGCACGUGUAUGUUUUGUGGCUGCCAGCUUCCUGAACACUCAAGAUCAGAAAGCACAUAAGUGCGCGAGUUUAUCCGCCUGAGAAUGCGCAUGUGAACAUUAGUGGAGCAUCUUUUGUAUUGCAGAGCAUGUGUGCAGACUGAGAGGCGGUGUGAGGAUGCAUAGUGGGCAGGUGCUGUCGUGAUCAGUGGAGUUUUUGGUGUAUUAUCCUUUUGCUGUCUGCCUCGCUGUUCCUCAAUUUGGUUAUCUUGUGAGGACAAAAAGCAUCCUGCUGGGAUGUCCGCCUCGCCUGAUGCAAGAGAUGGGAGCCAAAGGAACUCUUUGGAGCUAGAUGCGGAGCACUCACAGAAAGCCCCUGGAGCUGAACAAGGAGCUGUCCCGCCACCCCAGGUGAAGCUGAAAGAGAGGCAAAAGUUCUUUGAGGAGGCCUUUCAGCAAGAUAUGGAGCAGUAUCUGUCUACUGGCUACCUGCAGAUUGCUGAGAGGAGAGAGCCAAUAGGCAGCAUGUCAUCAAUGGAGGUGAAUGUGGACAUGCUGGAGCAGAUGGAUCUGAUGGACAUGUCAGACCAUGAGGCUCUGGAUGUGUUCCUGCACUCUGGGGGAGAGGAUAACAGUGUAGCCUCACCUGUCACAGGUCCAAAUGUUGAGUCCUUCACCACAGAGAUCAGUCUCCAGGUUCCCACCCAGGCUGAGCUCCGACACAAGCUUUCAUCCCUGUCGUCCACCUGCACUGACUCAGCCAGCCAGGACACAGAGGCUGGGGAGGAGGAGGAGGAUGCAGAGGAGGAGGAGACUGAACGAGGUGAAGGUGGAGUAGGAGGGUCAGGGGGAGGAGAAAGGAGGAGAAGGCCCCCUGUGACAGUGACCUUGGAUGAAGAGGAGGUGCAUCCUGACACAGCACUGGUGGACAGGUUGGACAAAGAGGACUAGAACAGCAAAGACUGUGAGGAGAGCAGCCAGCAGGUGUGAGGACAGUUGGACUGGAAUUAAACACAAAUCAAGCUCAAACAUAUUGAAGAAAAAUAUUAUUGGCUUUUGUCCUUUUAAACCUUUCGUAUAUAACAAAACAUGAGAAAAAAUUACAUUAAGGUUGCACUAACUGCCACAUAACCUUGCCUUAAAAAGCAGCUGUUGUAAGUUUUCAAUUCUAAUUGAGUCUUGUAAAACAAACAGGCUUCAGUCAGCUUUAGCAUAACGGCAUGAAAUGGCUCAACAUGCACAUCACAUCUGAUAACUUUUAAAGACUAACCAGUAUUCUUUCUCUAUGUUUGUGCAUGUAACUGUGCAAAGCCUGUUACUGAUGAAGGAAGCAGUAAGGUCACAGUACCAUCACCCAUGUGGCUUUUUGAGCUAGUUUCCUGUCAUGCUCUAUGCUAUUAAUCGUAUUUACAGACCACAGCUGUUGUGUGUUAAAUCAUGUUUUACAGAAUCUAACAGUGGAUUUACUGUUACUGCUCAGUUAAAAUAGGAAAUCCCCAUGUCUUUCAGGAUUAUGACAUUUUAAAACUUUUAUGCAGGUCAGUAAAAGAAAUUUCAAUCAUUAAUCUAGUUACACAAAUUUCCUUCUCUAUUUAUUCCUGCACAUGUUUUUGACUCCUUUUGCUCACGUUUUUAAAAAGAUAUGAAAGCUUCCUGAUGAUAUGUGGUAGAAAGAAAUACCAUUUUGGUGCUUACAGCUUUUGUAAAGUCUCCCUGCAGAAAGAGUGUCAUGACUGUGUUAAAUAAAUAAUUCACAGAACUCUAGCAAACAGCUGACACACAACUAUUUCUCUAAUAUGAUCAAAUUUAAGCAUUUGUUUUGUAUAUUUGUUUUCUUAAUCAGGGUGAGUUGUCUCUCAAUAUAGAAAAUGCCAAAUAAUUAGCAGAAAGCACUUGACAAGUUUUCUGCAGGGGGGCAAAAAGAUUUCAUUUUUAUGGAUAGAAAGUAAAGAUUUUCAAUCUCAUUUUGUUCCCCUGGCAGUGACAAACAUGUUGCACUAGGUGGCAGCCAACACAAGCUGGCAGUGGGAUAAUAACAGUGCUUUACAGCUGACACACACACACACACACACAGGAGAGUUAACCGUUGCCAUUCAUCUGAACAGUAAUAUCUGGUUGAACUUCUCCUUUCAAUCAAGGACCAAAUCCCUGUCAUGGACUGUGUGCUAUGCACUGAACAACUGCCAGAAGGUUUAACUGUAUCCAGACGUUUUUUUUUGUUGUUGUUGUUGUUUGUUUUUCCUUUUAUUUCCUUGUCACAAAUAGUUGACCUUUGUGCAAUGUGACAGUACUCCUCCCUCUGUUUGUCCCUUUCUAAUGGUUGGGAAUAAAUAUUUCUACCCUAACAUUGUUUAAUUGUCAUUUGAGCAUUUUGGGAACCAGAUAUGUGAGCAAGUCGGCCAGAUUAAAGGUUUGAAUGGACACGCCCUGUAUACUUGUGGACCUGCCUAAAGAAGUAAGAGGGUCCAUAGAAGAAUAGAGCAUACUGCAGGAAGAGAAAGGGAUCCUGAAUUUGUUUUUCAGGGAGAUGAUUUUUACCAUGUAUGUGUACUUUAUUUAAAUGAAUUCAUUUUAUUCUUACUAAAAAUUGAGGAAAAGCAAUACCAUUGCUACACUGGGAGUAAAAGGUUUAUCGAGACUGAAAA